CGAUGCCAAGUUGCCGAUGAUCGCGGUUAUUUAUCGCCCGACAUUUCGUUCCGGGGGACUUUUAUCAGCGAUAAACGGCGUAUUUCGCGGCCGCGGAUCCAUCAGGCGCGACGGCGUGCGCGACCGCGCGCGAUUGGCCGCGCGGAAGCACCGCGUUACCGCCCCCUCAGUACGUUAUGGAAUGCGCGAGGGACAGCUACCGUGUUACGCAGCUCCGCACGAUGCCCGGCCGUAGAGGCACGCCAACGGACCGGAAUACGUGCGUGCGACGCGGCCGCGGGUACGACGUCUCGCUGCCCGACACCGGACACGGUAUUCCCCUGGAUAGGCCUGGCUGUCUACUGACUACAAUGGGCUGAUGCAACUGAUUCACUGGCACUCAGAUGCUCCCGUCUCCGCGACGUCGUCCACAUGAGAGAACUAACUUGAAAGUUAAUGGUGCAUCUGCGCCCUGCGUCGUUGUUGUCCUCGUCAACGUAAUGGGGGAGCCAGUUAAGAAAAAGCAGCGCAUUGAGAUCGGCCCGGACGGGGCCAAGAACGGGCUCGCCGACAUCGAGGAGCUGCAGAACAGCCUGCUCGCGCGCUGCCUGUGCCAUAUGCCAGAGAGCCGACUGCGUAAGCCGUUCACCAACUUCAUGGUGAUCGAAGCGGACGGUAGCACCCGCUACGCCGUGCUGUCCGACUGGGACACGGACCAGAUCCUGGAGUGCCUGACCGCGCUGCAGCUGCUGUUCGACCUGGCCAUCAAGCAAAGCCUGAGGAACGUCAUGUGCAAGCGAGUGGCGGAAGUCUGCGACGCGGUAGCGCGGAACGAGUACGGCAUCGUCGACCAGAUCAUCGACCUAUCCUACACGACCAACAAGUUCGUGUCGUACGCGGCGAGCCGCGUGCUCGCGUCCUUCUUCAUCGUCACACGGGACAACGUGGAGGCCGUCUGGCUGGAGAGGCUCACGCAGUCCCUGCACAACACGCACUCGCCCAGUCAGAUGCAGUUCACUCUGGACGUGGUCAAGCGAGUGAUCGAGCACAAGGAUUGCAGCGUACACCCGGAGGACGGGGACACGUCCGCGCCGCCGGCCGGCUGCAACACGGUCGUCGUCACCGACUUCGACAGCACGGCGAUUAAGGCGAUGUGUGUGAAGGCGCUCGAGUCCAAGUGGACCUUGCUCGUGCCCAAGUUCAAUGACAUUCUCGCGGCGUACAUGCCGCAGCACGCGUCCGUCAUCAUCACGUUUCUACAUGUGUGGGAGACCAUCAUCUCGGUCAAGGCCAAUCUCUCCGUUAUCGACACCAAGUCCUUCUACUCGGAGCUCAACAGUCUCGUGCUGCUUCUGAAUGCCAAUGUGCCGGGCGUGAUCUGGCGACACUUGCUCGGCCUGUUCAACGAGGUGCUGUGUUACGGCAGUACACUGGCGUUGCAGGACGUGCUACCGGACGAACCGUGCUCCCUGGCGCACCUGAUUGUGCGCGCCGUCAAGGACUGGCGUGUGCUCGAUUCAUUGCCAUACCGUCACGGUUCCGGCAGGUUCGGCGGCGGCGAGGGCGAGGGCGAUCGUCCGCUGUUGCAGAAAAUGGUGCUGCUGGUGCUGAAGAGCGUCGCCGUGACGGUGCGGGAGACGCGCAGCGACUCCAGCGACUCGUCUCUCGGCUCCGAGAUCGAGGACCUCGACGAGGACAUGGCGGUGAUCGAGAGGAGUAUCCGCGAGGUGCUGCGCCAACUGGAUCAGUGCGUGAAAGCGUUGAUGCCCUUCCAUCCGGAGAUGCCGCUGUCGCAAUGGGUCGUGCAAAUGUUUCACGACCAGGACGACUUCCUGAUCGAGGGUAUGGUCUGCUGCCUGGACGUCGCCGUGGGCCUGUUUUAUCGCGGUCCGCCACAAAACGAUCUGGGCCAAAUGCUCAGCCCUACGUUGACCUUUGUGCAAUUCAUCCGCGGUGUGUCGUACGACACGGAACUCUUACUGGAUCUAUUGAUCAGCAACGAGACUUGCUUCCUGCUGUAUCUCUUGCGAUUUCUCAAGUACAUUAGGCGUAAUUGGUUCGAAUUUGUUAGGUGCUGCGGCCGCGAUCUGGACGACACGAUGCGGGUACUGAUAACGCUACGGCUGACCCUCGAAAGGCUGGUGUCCAAGAAUCUAUUUCCGUACAACAUUGCCCCGGUUCAUCGUCUACUCGAGAAAUGCGAGUCUUUUUACGAGGGUAACGUGGAUACAGAAACGUCCACGAAUAACAAUCACGCGUAAGAUAAAGGGGAUUCGGAAGAGGAGUUCUCAGAGAGAUUCGAAUCGCCACCAAGUCGAUAGUGUGUACAAAUUAUAGGAACGGAAUUGUAUUCUUCGAACUCCUGUUAGGAUUUUGCCAUCUGUAAAAUAUAUCUUGUGUAGUGUACAGAUCGCCGUAUACCGUCCUGUAAACGCAAAGCGGCCGAACUGAUUCGUCGCGAUUCCGUCUUCGGAGUUUAAGAAUUUCGAGAAGACAAGGGCGUUUUUUAUUUAUUAGUGUUUAGCGAAAUUUUUAAAUGUAGUUGGAAUUGCGAGACGGAGGAAUCUCCGUCGUUUACGAGUCGGCGAAGUUUUGAGAGUUGUACAACCAUGAUCAGGUCGGAAUAGUAAAGAAGAAACAAAAAAAACCGAAAUUCGCGUUGAUUGUCUCAAAACGAAACUGCACUCGUGUGUGGUGCUAAUGAAUUACGUUUUCGCCAAAGCACCAUUAAGAGCAUACAUAUUGAUGUAUACCACUAGUGUAAUAUUUAUAUGUAUACUUCGAGAGCUAUUUGUACAAUUUCCAGUCACACCUGUAAAUGUAGCUUUAUAUAUUUGAUAAAACAAAAUACCUGAGAAAUCUGUACAUAACUCACACAAGCAUCAGAGCCGACUUUGUAAUAACGAGACAAGUUUUGCCGGACAAAAUUUUUUUUUGCAUACUCUUUCAAUAAAUCUUAUGGGUUAGUCUCGUAUGAAUUAUAAUGCAGCUUAAUAGGGAAGAUGUAACACGUAGAAAAUUAUGUUGUCGUCAGCUCAGGUCUCGUACAGCUUACGUAAAGAAGAUAUUUUUAGUAUCAGAUUAUUUUUAAUUUAAGGAAACCAAGUCAAAAAAUACAAUGCAAAAUGUAAUUUUUUUACUAAUAUGAAAAAUUUCUGAUUAAUAUUUCUUGUAUCAUUGUACUCUAUUAAGAAAGAAAAAAAAUUAAUCUUUUUAUAAAACUAAAAUCUCGAGAAUUGAGAAAAAAACACGACGAUUAUUCGCAGUUGUUUCGAGAUUUCUUCUGAUGAAACAUAACUGUAAAUAAUGACAUUAACAACGUUAUACACGCGCAUUGCGUAUUCAACGUAAGAAUUUCUUUCUGUAAGUAAUGUAAUACACUAAAAUUCUUCACAUUUUUACUUUUAUAAAUUGUGGUGUCGUUUAAUUCAAUCUCCCCCUGUGAUUGAGCUUAGAAACGUACUCGCGAUUCUAUAACGAUGUAGAUUUCACUCUUUUAGGAAGAUCAGAUUCGACUGUAAUUGAAGGAUAUUUCUUUUUUUUUUUCAGUCAAAUAUUUAUUAUCAUCUUUCCCAAACGCAAGUCAAAUACAAUAUCCAUCAUCGAGACUUAUUAUGAUUAUAAUGUAGCCCGGCAGAUUGUCAGUGAUGCCCCGCGAUUAAUCGCGCAAUAACGUUCGAAUACAAUGAUUAGAGCGACGUAACGCGCUUAGCUCACCGUCCGGAUAUCUCCUUUUUUCUUCUCUCCUUUUAUCUUAGAAAGAUCCAUAUAGAAUUAAGGUUUGUUAGCCUUUCUUGGCUUAUCUCUUUUUUAUUAUAAAAUUACACUACUCUCUAUUUAGAAUUUGCAAAUAUAGCUCUAAUUAUUUAAAUCGUUCGAUCGGAGCGCGAUCGAGAAAUUUUGUGUCGAGAUGGACGACUUCCAGAAACACAAAAAUUUUCUUAUUAAAUAUUUAUAUUUGCGUA